AAAAGAAACAAAGAGAGAUGAGUUUUGAACAUUUCCUGGAUGACCAUACUUUGUCGUUCAUCCAGGAAGGAAAUCAAAUGUUUAUCUGUGAUGGAUGCGUGAAACCCAUAUCUGGGCCUUGCUAUGGUUGCGAGGAAUGUAUUUUCUAUCUUCAUUAUGAGUGCGCCAAGCUUCCAGAGUCGAUUGAACAUUUCCUUCACCCAUGCCCUCUUUCUCUCUCGCUUUAUUCAUAUACAUGUAAUGCUUGUUUCAUGAAAGGGUCGGGUUUCAGCUAUCGCUGCAAUAUUUGCCAUUUCAAUAUGCAUGUUGAAUGUGUCUCAAAGCCCACCAUUUCAUCUGAAAAUGAUGAGGGGCUUAUUCAGCAUUUCACUCAUUGGCAUCCUUUAUCACUUAUUGAUCUCAACACCUUUGAUGAGAAACCUUGUUGUGCCAUAUGUGAAAAGCCCUGCUCCCCUAAUUCUACCUAUGGCUGCUCCUCUUGCAAUUUCUUCCUCCAUAAUUCUUGCAUGGCCACCAUUCCACGAAGGACCUACCAUUCCUUCCAUCCUUGCCCUCUCAUUUUGCUCCCUUAUCCAGAAUAUGAGUGCUUUGGUUGCCAACGAGAACGCUCAGGCUUGACCUAUAGCUGCGGGAAGUGCCGUUUCAAGCUCGAUGUCAAAUGCGGCUUACUUCCCACCGUGGAGGCCAAAGGUGCUGAUGUGAUUCAAAGUUUCACACAUUCGCACCCUUUAGCACUCCUUGGAAACAAGGAUGCCGAAAGUACCGGACUUGGUGCCCGACACCGAUGUAGAGCAUGUGGAGAAGAUUGCCUGGAUCAUGGUUUUAGUUGUAGCAUAUCAUGCGACUUCUUCAUACACACAUCAUGCAUUGAAUUACCAUUAGAGAUUCAUCAUCCCCUUCAUCUCCUGCACCCCCUCUAUCUCAUGUAUCUUCCAUUGCUGCUGCAUGGUACUGAUUGCUCUUCAUGCAACCAACCCCUCGACGGAUUUCUGUUGGCUUAUCGCUGCGACGGGUGCAAUUUCAACCUUCAUAAACAUUGCGCUGAGUUCAGACCCUCAUUCAAGUUUGGAAUUUCCUUACACGUUCUCACCCUUUGGGACAAAAGACCCUCACCAUUUGAUUGCUACGUUUGUGGUAAAAAAGCCAGCCAGAACUUCCUUCGAUGCGUUCUGUGUAGGUUUACCAUCCAUUUAUUUUGCCUACCUUCAGCAUCGAAAACAAUAACACAUAAAUGCCAUAUAGAUUGCUUAAGUCUUACCCAAUCACCUCUUGACUUCGAACUGAAUAGGUUAGAAGACGCAUAUAACUUGGAUGAUGAAUUUUAUUGCGACGUUUGUGAGGAGAAAAGAGAGAAAAAAGACCCAGUUUAUUAUUGUGCAGAAUGCAAAUUCAUUGCCGAGGUUGGUUGUGUCAUCUCUGAGUUGGUUCCAUCCUAUAUUAUGCCUGAGGAGCAAAAUGGGGUGACCAGUCGAGCCAUUGCCAAGGAUGAAGACAAUUCUACAAUAGAAACCAGACUGGCAAAGCUAAAUAACGAGAUUGCAGAGCUUAGUGCCAAGUUAAAGCUUUUAAUACAAGAACGAGAGCCUUUGAAAGAAGAAAUUGAGCGUUUGAACCUAAAACGUGUUCAAAUGCAAGAAAGGUUGCGAAAUAUUGAAACGGAGCUAUGGCAAAUAGCACGGAACAUAGAUAACCUUGAGGUAGAAAGUUUACCGGUCAAGCAUCCACCGAAGCACCACAUAACAGAAAAUAAGUUACUGACUAAAGCUUCAACUUCAAGAGGGCUCAGUGCAGAGAAGGCAAGACAUAUGGAAGACGGGUCAAAGCUAUUACCAGCAUUAAAUAUUCCCAGAGACAAGGAGAGUGCAACAGGAGCUGAGAUUAAGAAAGUAAAUAUCGAGAUUUUAAAGCUCAAGGUAAAGGAAAAGGCUUUGAAAGUACAAAAUGAGAAAUAUCGGUCAACAAUAAAGCAACUUGAGGAGAAACUAGAGCUAAUAAAUUUGAGACUAAAAGAACUUCAGGUUGAUGGUUUUCUGCACAAUGAUUUGCUCAGUCGCAGCAUGAAGGAAAAUGUGUACGCAACUGAAGCUUCAACUUCAGAGUAGCAGACUGUUGAUCUGCCUCGAGUUUGCAAUGACAUAUGUACCAAUUGUCUUGCUAAAUGCUACUAUUUUGUAAUAAGCUAUACCAACUUUUAUUUUCACCUUUGUUUCUCGUACUAGAAUGCCCACUCCCUGUGCCAGAUUCUUGCAGUUCCAUUUGUAUUGAGUUCCUUAGUAUCAUUUUAGUGGGGCCCUAUAUUGAUAUUGCUUCCGUUCCUCUUUGCAGUGUAAGUCAUGUCGAGACUUCUCCAUCUACUCUUCGAUAAAUUUUAGAUUUCGAGAUAGAUAAUUAAUAAAACUUGACAAUCUAUGAAA